AUGGCCGGACCAGUAUUUCGAUGUUUCGCGGUGCCGUCCAGUCCAGAUUUUGAAAUGUUUCGGGAUACUUCGGGAGGUGUUAUCUGCGUAUUUUAUUGUGUUGGGCGAGGUGAUAUGGAGACUAUUUUGGAAACUCAGCGACGUUUGCAUGAGGAACGAGAUCGCCUGAUUGACAGUAUGACCAAAGAGUAUCUUCAUGAACGCAAAUCUCAUAAAGAGAAAGUAAAUGGUGAUCACCGUGUUCGACGUCUUGUUGAUCGAUAUCAUGAAAUUACGAAAAAAUUACGGCUUAUAUAUGAAGAUGAUGACAAAUCGCGCAAGUUGGAAUUACGUGCUAUUGCUGGCCCAAAUGAGUUCGCGGAGUUUUACUCACGUCUGAAAUCAUUAAAGGAUGCACAUAGAAGAAAUCCAGAUGAGAUUGCCAUACCAUUAAGUCUGGAAUUUCAAAAGAUGAAUGAAGCUAUAGAAAAUAUAGAAUUAGCUGAAAAAGAUGUAAUCGAGUUUACCGAUGAAGAAGGCUAUGGGAGAUUUCUGGAUUUGCAUACUCUUUACGAUAAAUAUAUUAACAUUAAGGGAAUGAAGCGAAUGGAUUAUCUGGCAUUCCUGAGUAUCUUUGAUCGUUUUGAGGAUAUUCCAGUGAGUUCAAAAAAAACUGGCAGCUACCGUGAAUAUCUUAACUCUCUGAAAGAAUAUCUGGUUAAUUUUCUCGCAAGGACGCGACCUCUGCUUAAUGUGAAUGACGAAUUUGAGAAAACUGAUGCUGAAUUUGCUAAGAAAUGGGAGGAGGGCACAGUCCCAGGAUGGAGUCGAGAUCAACAUAGUGCGUUAGCCCAUUCUGGUGCUUACUUGGAUCUUUCGUCAUUCGAGACAGCAACAGAUUUGGAAGCACUUGGACUUGAUCGUCUAAAAUCUGCUCUUGUUGCUCUUGGUUUAAAAUGUGGCGGGACGCUGAAGGAAAGAGCAGAACGACUUUUUGCAACCAAAGGACAUAAAUUAAGUGAAAUGGAGAAGAUGGCAUUAGCAAAACGUCAUGAUACGGAUCAAAAGGAACAGUUUAAAUUGCACCAGACAGCGCGCCUGGAAGCAUUUAUUCAACGGCAAGAUAUUUUUUUAUAUGUCUAUGCAUACGUUCUAAUGUUGCAUGUAAAAUCGUCGUAA